GAGGACGGAAAGCAGAGAGCGAAUGGGGGACACUCUCCAUCCUCCUGAUGAACAUAAAAAAAAAUAACUAACCACCAAAGGGCGUCCAUCUUUAGGGUUAACGGGGGGAUUAUGUGUGCGUGUCGGAUGAUAAAAUCACAAAUCUGGCUAAUCUAGGGCUGGAUUAGCCUCGUGAUCUCACGGUGAUCGGCCCUGCGUUCCCUCUGAGAAUCAUACCAAAGGGAUGCGGGGAUGGUUCGGGGACUCUGCCAUGGACGCAUGUGAGCUCGCAGAAAUCUGGGCAGUGAUGAGAGUCCUCUUUGAUUCUCGUUCUGGAUAAUUGGGUCUGAAAAUCGUUGGAAUUCGUCAUGGUGUCGCUGCGGAGACUCCUGCAGAUGUCGGUGCUGCUCUUCCAGAGCAGCUUGUGGGGAGUCGAGCCGAGCCCCACCGAGGAAGGAACGCUCCGGAGCGGCCACGGGGAACACGGAGAGCCGGGCCACCAGGAGCCUCACAAGGACUCCUACAGCACUUUUGCCUCUGAGUUCCUGGAGUCUAGAUACCUAUCUGAUGACGGUUAUCCGUUCCCCACCGCCCCACCAGUCGACCCAUUUGCCAAGAUCAAAGUCAGCGACUGUGGAGUAACCAAGGGCUGUAUCAGAUACGGAAAACCAGGGUGUGACGCAGAGACGUGUGAAUACUUCCUAAGUUAUCGACGCAUUGGAACAGACGUGGAGUAUGAGAUGAGUGCCGACACAGACGGAUGGGUGGCUGUGGGGUUCUCAUCUGACAAGAAAAUGGGGGGAGAUGAUGUGAUGGGGUGCGUGCAUGAUGAUAACGGACGCGUACGGAUUCAUCACUUCUACAACGUUGGCCAAUGGGCCAAAGAGAUCAAGAGAAACCCAGCUCGGGAUGAAGAGGGAAUUUUUGAGAAUAACCGAGUGACUUGCCGCUUCAAGAGGCCUUUAUACGUUCCCCGAGAGGAAACACUGGUGGACCUCCACCUGUCAUGGUAUUACUUGUUUGCGUGGGGCCCUGCCAUUCAAGGCUCUAUCACGAGGCACGACAUCGACAGCCCUCCAGUCAGCGACCGCAUGAUCAGCAUCUAUAAGUACGAGGACAUCUUCAUGCCCUGCACAGCUUAUCAGACCUUCAGCUCCCCCCUCUGCCUACUGCUUAUUGUUGCUCUCACCUUCUAUCUGCUCAUGGGAACCCCAUAAGGAAGCAGUGAAGGCCUCAGAGAAGAAACGAAAUGAAGCAAUAAGAAGCAAAGCUCCCAUUUCUACCUGGAACCACACUAAAAUGCACACUUGGCACAAAAAAUGACAGAAAAGAAUAUAUUACUUCUACAAACGCUCCUGACAAUUAGUCAAACAAAUACUCUUGAGAAGUCAUUUAUAGACAAUAUAUUAAAGUAGUACUAGUUAAGAAAAGUUUAGCAAUUUCAACAGUUUAGGAUAGCUUCUUUUUUAGAUUCUGUAUACCCAUAGAUAAAUCUCACAAGUCUUCAAAACACUGCAUGAAAUCUCAAAAAAAAGCCCAUGGACGGAAAACCGGCUGCUGAGUGAUGAUUUAUGGUGAACCUGGCUAAAACUCAAAGACUUUGUAAGGAUGAAAGGAAAUUAAAAAAAGCUCACAUGGACACUUCCGGCACAGAUAGCCUGCUAUGUUUAUGUGGACAACUGCCAAAUAUUCUCUGUCACCCGCAGAGAAUGUUUGUUUAUCACAGUAUUUUGGCCCUGUGGCUGCAAUAAGGACGGAUACACAAGCCUGAAGCAAACUGUGGACUAUAAUGCAACAGGAAUCAAGUUUUUUUUCUUCCCUGGAAAGUUAUUCUUGUAGCAAUUCCUCUUGAAAAUAUCUGAAUAUGUUAAAAUGCCAAACAGUGUUUUCAUGGAAUGGUAAACAUUUUAAAAAUGAAAGUUUAAGAAAGUAUAAAGGACAAUACUACUGUGGAUUCA